CUUUUCAAACUUUUGGAUAAAGCGAAUCGUGAGCUCAAGCGCUAUAGCCACGUAAACAAAAAGGCAUUGGAUCAAUUUGUCUCUCAUUCGGAGGAAAAAGAGAAACUCCUGAAACGUAAAGAGGAAUUAGACAAGGGUCAUCAAGCCAUAAUUGAUCUAAUGAAUGCCCUCGAUAUGCAGAAAUAUGAAGCUAUUCAGCUCACCUUCAAACAAGUUUCUAAGAACUUCCAAGAUAUGUUCAAACGUCUUGUGCCGGAAGGUCGAGCAAUGCUAGUUAUGAACAAAGGAGCAAGAGUCGGUAAGUGGCACAUUCGAUAG